AAAUAAGAUCCUCAUGAAUUAUCAAAAAAAAAUAAGAUCCUCUUCUAUAAAAUCAGUGGACACCCUUAACCAUUUCAGUUAUCCACAAACAUCACAUUACUUGUCUUCCAUUUGUUUGUUAUCUCUCUUUCUCUCUCUACUAUCUCUCUCUAUAUUAUAUCAAGUAAUAAAAUAGCAGAAGAGCACCAUAUAGCUUUAUAUUUAUUACCUUCACAUAUUAAUUACCAAGAAAUUGUUAUUACAAACAGAUUUGUCACCACUGCGAUUUUUCUGGGUGUAAUAAUCACAACGGUCGGUUUUUAACAGAAGAAUUGGCCUUCUAUAAAUAGUGGGUCUCUGCUUUCUUGAACAGAGAGAUUUUUUUGUAAUUCUCAUUUCUCAAGACUCCAUUUUUAAGCUUCUGUAUAUUUAAAGAUCCAAUUUUUAAUUCAAAACACCAAAGAAGAAAACAGGAGGGUUAAUUUAGUAAAUUCACCAUGCAAAUCAAGAAGCUGGUGGUUUUGCCUUCUCGUACAGGGAGGCAUCUGCAGCGGUAUAAUCAGGGGUUUCGUCAGGUUGUUGGGUGUAUACCAUAUAGAAUAAGAAAAAGCAACAAAUCCCACUUGCUCCAUGGGACUUUACUUGAAGAUUUGGAGGUCCUUUUAAUCACCUCACAAAAGAGUCCAAGAAUGAUGUUCCCCAAGGGUGGAUGGGAACUCGACGAAAAUAUCGAAUUAGCCGCUUCGCGAGAGACCUUGGAGGAAGCCGGCGUAGUAGGCAUGCUCGGGGAUAAAUUAGGAGAAUGGAUUUUCAAGAGCAAGAGCCAAGAGAAAUUCCAUGAGGGAUCCAUGUUCCCCUUGUUGGUCACCGAGGAAUUAGACGUUUGGCCCGAGAAAAGUGUCCGUCGUCGCAUUUGGAUGACGGUUAGUGAAGCCAAGGAAGCAUGUGCAGCUGCAUGGAUGAAAGAAGCUUUGGAUGCAUUCGUUUGUCAAUUCAAACGAGUCGAGGAAGAACAAUUAACAUCUUGUAGGUUAGCUUCGUGUAGAAGCGAAGACUUAAGGCUUUGCAUUGGUGCUCAAACUGCGGAAGAAGAUGUCGAUUGUUAUUUAAUUAGUUGAUAUAUAUAUAGACGCUCGUGAUCCAUCCAUGUUUUGUGGAAUUAACUCGGCUAUCAACCCGAACACUCGAAAGGAGUUUGCUUGAAGACGAGGAGCUAAUAUUAUAGGAUAGGGAGGGGCGAUGAGAGAAAUGGUAGAGAAGAUUGUACAAAUUUAAAAAUUGUUCGUCUUUGUUCUUUCUUUUUUCAUUGAAGUCCGUCGAUGCUUCUAGAUGCUAAUCCUUAGUUUUCGUGUCGAAAUACAUCGGCUAUGUACCGGAGGGCCUUUUUUAUUUUGAUAUGAAAUGUUAAUUAUGAUGGGAGAUUUACAUGGAGUUUUAUGUUAAUAAUUUUGUGUA